CAGAGUAACUUGGCUUCCUCUCGAUUACCCAAUUACCAAUAUCAUGUUGACUCGUUGAUUGACACUAGAAAGGCGUUGCUGUCUUAUAUUGCAGAAACAGCAGGUGGGUGUUGGAUACUGGCGUGCACAGCGGCUACGAGAACGCAACUAUAUCUGUAGUCGAGGCUUUUUUUGUUAUUAUACUUUCUUUUGAAGUACUGCCCUUUUAUCAUAUCAAGGUCAUGUUUUGUGAGGUACAAAAAUGCAUGCUUAUACUUCUUUGCAUUACGUAACUUUUUUCUUCCAUCCAUUCUCCCAUCCAUUUUUUCAAUCAGCUUCGUCGCCGUCCAACAGCCUGCUGACAAACGUGGAAGAAAUAGAAAAAGCAGUUUACGAGAGCCAGGCCCAUCGUUCUCUUUACCUCCAAACACCAGCCAGAGUGAAAAAGAUCGAAGGCAUCAUCAAACUUGCCGCUCAGUAUGGCAAAGGAAAAUUUCUUCGCCAAGCACUUGGUCAUGCGCUCUACACUACCAUCAACAUACAGAAAAGCAAGCACUCUUCCCUGACUUCGCGUCGUACAAAGCGAUGUGCAAUAUGCGUCAAUGCAGUUAAGAAAAUGAUGCGAUCAAUCAAAAGGGCCAUCGGAAAAGACAAUUUUAAAAAAUUUAUUGGCAACCAAAACAUGAAUAAGGUAACACUUAUGUUUGCGGUGGAUGACACGGGAAGUAUGUAUAAAGAAAUUCAAGCAGUCAAGGAUAUAGCAACUUACAUCGUCAAACUCCCGAGGCCAAAUUUAAAAGUGGAUUACAUUUUGUCGCCUUUUAGCGACCCAGGUUUGUGAGUUCUUAAUUUAUACACUUAGUAAUCGAAAGUAUCCUCAACAGAUUAAAAACAGUUCCUUCUUUUCUGGCAUUCGAUGUGCAAUUUGUUGGAAGGGUUCCAACAGCUGCUUUAAAACAAUCUUUCAGUUGCAAUGAAGUACUAUUCAAGGCUUGAUAAAUGUAAAUGUCGAACAAACGCCUAUGAAAGAAAGCCAUAUACCUGGCUAAAAAAAGAAUUGCAUAAAACUCUUUCCAUAAAGAGUCAACAAAAACUUCCUCAAAAUUAGAAACGACUUAAAACGUAGUGACCUUAAAGUUAUCUUUACUAGUUUACAUGUGAAAAGUAAGUGUUUAAUGGGCGGGAAAUAACAUCUAAGGAAUGUUAAUCCCAGUAGUACGGUUUUCCCCUGUAAGGUUGUCUAUAAAUUUGUCUCGAACGGCCAACUACAAUUUCCAAUCAAUUUUUCUCCCGCUAACCGCCAUGACUAAGCGCCAAGCCCCACCCCACCAUCUCGUCCCCCUCCAACAUAAAUUCCGAAAUAAAACUAAUAAACUGAACACUGUCUUGAAUAAUUUUAAACUCAUUGAUGAUAAAUUACUGAAUCACUUUAAGAACACUAAUCAGUGACGGCACAAUUUUCAUAUUGCCACUCAAAUCUCCAUGUCACACAGCCACUCACUGCGCUGAAAAUGAAAUCAUUAGCAGUAAUAUAACUCCAGACUGGUUAUUUAACCCUCUCAUGACAAACAAAGAAACCUUUCGUAGCGGAACUCCACGCACGAGGGGAGCCCUAUAACUAAGAAAAUGUGGUAAUCUAUCCAGCCAAGGAAUUUUGAUAAUCACGUGACCUUACGUCCGCCUGUCCGUCCGUCCGCACCACAGGGAAACCAAUGUGAAAUAUAACACUUUCUAUCUGGUAUGGGAGCCUGCAACCUGAUAUUGCACAUCCAUGUUGAGGUCAUUUGACAGCUGCUAAAGAAAGGUAUCCGCUGACGAGAAUCACAUGACCGAUGGGGGCUCAGGUAUUGACCCAUCGAGGAUACAAGUUUUUUUUUUUUAGUUCUCAGCUGACAAGUUACUAGUUUUCGGUUGAUCGCAGGCUCAACUUUUUUAACGGGAGCUUCGACUUAAUACUUGGCUAACUUUAUAUAUUACCAAAGAUGAAGACGUUAGACGUAGUUUCUAUCUUUUAACUCCUCAGAAAGUGGCAGGGCCAUAAAGAAAGGUGUUGGAAAAGGAAACGAAUUUAUUGACCAAAUUGAUACCCUUUAUGCAAGUGGCGGAGGAGACUGUAAGGAGAUGGCCUUCACUGGAAUUCGGGGAGCCCUGAAUGAAGGUCCUCAGAGCGAUUCACCCUUGUACGUUUUUACAGAUGCACCACCGAAAGACGUUUCAUUGUUAAAGAAAGCAAAGCAAGAAGCAGAAUUUCAAGGUAUAGCUGUUUAUUUUUUUCUAACGGAGGGCUGUGGUAAGGAAGCCGAUUACCUGCCGUUCGAGGAACUUGCAAGCCAUACUUGUGGUCAGAUUUUUGAGCUGCCAAAUUCAAGGUCUGAGAUCGCAAAGAUGAAGAGAUUUACAAAAGUGCUCCUUGAAGGGACAACUUGUGGUAGUGGAUUUCAAGCGCUAUCGAUUGGUAAGAAGAAACGGAGUGUUGCUGCAAAGAAAUACAAAUUGAUGGUAGAUGACACAAUGGACAAAAUAAUUGUAUCGAUCUCUAGUGCCAACAGCUCUCCAAAAAUAACACUCGAAGAUCCCCUGGGAAAUUCAGUGGGAAAGACUACGGUGUCUAAGGUGACAAUAUUCGAGGUGGCUAACCCAAAGCCUGGACUUUGGACGCUAACUGUACCACCUGACGCUGGAAAACACACAUAUCAAUUCAAGGCAACCAGCAAGACCAACAUGGAUUUCGACUUCAUCUUUGUCAUUCCUCGAGUAAGAGGAACGCCUAUGCCAAUAUCACAUCCCCUUACUGGUGAGACUUUAAUCAGCAUUUAUUAUUUCAAAGAAUAAAUAGAAUGAUAUGUGUGGAGAGAAGAACUCAUCAUUAUCAUUAUUACCGUGCAAUCCAUGAACUUAAACUACAUAGACUUUGAAAAAGAGAAAACUUACAAUGCCUUUCUUCUAAAGAAAACCUGAUGGAUGUUAAGUUUCUUUCUCGUUAUAUUUUUAUUAUUCUUUUUUUUUUUGACAAUCGGACUUUUGAAUCUUAAAAUUCUUUUUAAACGUGUAGUUAUGGUUCCGGCGUACGAAUAGUCCAGCGCAAACUUCUCCGUUGUUCCUGAGCUUUGAAACAGCCCGUUCAAUUUUCAGGUUGGUAGGAAUAAACCCAAUAAGAAAUUAAGUGUUACCUUCAUCACAAAAUUUGUGAAGUUAAACUUAAGGUUCUUCCCACUUAAAAUGCAUUUUUAGCUCGGUGACGUGAAACGUUGUGCUGUGGACUUUCACCUACCCCUCCCCUAACUCAACGUCAACACGCGUUGGGUUUGGAGAGGGGUAGGUGGGCCAUUUUCUAGAAGACCAAAUUGAUCCAACGUUUCUUCCUUAUCUUAUAUUCAGGAAAAUACGCGCAUGUCGUCUUGAUAGUAAGAGAGGCUGAUAAGAUACAGUUAUCAUCUCUGUACCUCAACAUCCUGAAGGAAGAUGGAAGCGUCCUUCGCACAGCGUCUGUCAGACCAGCUGGAACUUCGAGUAAAGCACAUUACUCAGCCACCUUUGCUACUCCCUCAGCCCCCUUCAAGUUGCAACUGAGGGGAAAGACCAAGAAAAACUUUGACUUUGAACGCAAUUCCAAGAUCACUAUACAACCUAGCCAUGUAAUGGUCAAAGCCAUCUAUUCAGAGAGUGAAUUCACGAUUCCCAAACACACCAAUGAAUCAAUCACAUUUUUCGUCUACAACGCUGGUCUUACCGAAAUGUUUGAUGUUUCAGUUGAUGGUAGGUCAGUUUUCAACGCUCACUAUCAAGGAUCACGCCUCGUUUACCAAGACCGUCUGGCCAUCAUUUACGUGUAUUUUACCGCAUCGCCUUUGGCCGCCCCAGGAACCGCAGCAAGCGUGCUAGUCACUGUAACUGGUCGAACGUCGAAAGCCACUGCCAAGACCGUUGUGAGUUUGAUGGUUUCUUAA